CUGUCAACAACACAGAUGAUUAAAUGCGAUCUGACGAUGACAAACACGUGAUUAGUGAUCGAUUAAACUCAAACUGAAGCUGCUUGAAACAUCUGUUCCUCAAGUUUAGUGCAUCUGACAGCCGGUUCCCACCUCCUCCUUGCCCGUCCUUUAAACUGUUACAGUGGUGCCGAAACUCGGGAGGGAGGAGGGAUGCACUGUCGCCCAGUCCUCAACUGCUUCUCUGCCCUCUGGCGGAUGCCAGCUCGCUCCUCUUCCAGCGGGUGACAGCGAGUCUUCCGGCCCCUGGUAGAUGGAAUCGCUCCUCCCCAUUUUCGGCGGACGGCAGCGACUGCUCCGUCCUCAGGCAGACAGCCUGACGUGGAUGCCAGCAGCGAGGACUCUGCAACAGUGCAUCCCUCGUCCUUCCUUGGUUUUGGUACCACUGUAAAAGUUUUAAUUGUAAAACUCAACAUGAAAUAUAAACAAACACACACACACAUGCAUCUCUCUUUCUCUCAAUCUCUCUCUCUCUCGAACUGGCGCCUCCGGCUCCCCUUUAUCUUGCUUAUCCUGAUCCCCUGAUCAGCUGAUUCAGCACCGGCUGUGCACCCUCACGGCCUGGCCACGCCCUCCUCCUCGUCACACAUAUACAGUUGAAGUUAGAAGUUUACAUACACCUUAGCCAAAUACAUUUAAACUCAGUUUUUCACAAUUCCUGACAUUUAAUCAUAGAAAACAUUCCCUGUCUUAGGUCAGUUAGGAUCACUACUUUAUUUUAAGAAUGUGAAAUGUCAGAAUAAUAGUAGACAGAAUGAUUUAUUUCAGCUUUUAUUUCUUUCAUCACAUUCCCAGUGGGUCAGAAGUUUACAUACACUUUGUUAGUAUUUGGUAGCAUUGCCUUUAAAUUGUUUAACUUGGGUCAAAUGUUUUGGAUAUCCUUCCACAAGCUUCUCACAAUAAGUUGCUGGAAUUUGGUCCAUUCCUCCAGACAGAACUGGUGUAACUGAGUCAGGUUUGUAGACCUCCUUGCUUACACACACUUUUUCAGUUCUGCCCACAAAUAUGCUAUCGGAAAUUAUUGUCCAAUAACUGUGCCUGAUUGACACAAGAGUUAACACUUCUGUUAGUUUACAAUUUAGCAUAUUGAAAGCCAUGUGAAUGAAUCAUUGUUUUUGUUUUGUUUUUCAAGUGAAUAUAAUAAGUGUUGAUUAUUUUCAGAAAUAUGUGUACGUAUCAUUUUCUGUCAUUUAAUUGUAAAGUGUAUAUAGUGGCAUCAGUAUGAGUCAUUAAAGCACUGCAGUGUGUGUUUUCUGAGUGAAGGAUGAACUGUCCGGGCGAACGGCAGCGCAUCAUCGUCCAGCAGUCUGACCUCAUGUGUAAGGCAGGAUGCAGUUUCUAUGGUAAUGCCAUCUGGCAGGGCCUCUGCUCGAAAUGCUGGCGAGAGAAGAACCAGUGCGGCAGAACUCAGCAGAUACAGGACGACCGAGCGCUGGCCGAGAGGUUACAGAGAGAGGAGGAAGCAGCAGCGGCAGCUCAGUCACAGACCUCCGUCACGUCUUCUACAGCAUCCAGCGUGCCCAUCGUAAAGAGACUCUUCACCUCCACUCCCAAAACACCCGUGAGGAGAGACACGGCAGCUCUGACGACCCCCGUCACUCGACACUCGACCUCUGCAGAUGGUGAUCCCGUGACCCAGCACUUCAUUGACUUCCUGAAGAGAUUCAACAGACCAGGAUAUGACAUCUUUAGACAGUGCCACGCCUUCGCUGAGAACAUCGCGCAUAAAAAGGUUGUUGUUGGUGAAGAUCUGUCCGAGUCUGUGCAAGAUUUCUAUCAGAACAUAUCAGAAUAUCUACAGAACAAUCUGAAAGGCUCAUCAGAUGUGCUGGAGCUGGUGAUGGAUGAGGUGGAGCAGUAUGUGAUGUGCCGUCUGUACCAGCGGCUCUUCUGUCCUGACAUCACUGAUGAUGAGCAGAAAGAUCUGAACAUACAGAAGAGAAUCAGGUCUCUGCACUGGGUGUCUAUUGCAAUGUUGUGUGUUCCAGUAGAUGAACAGAUUGCUGCAGUGUCAGACAGUGUGGAGAGAGCUAUUACAGAGCUGAUAGACAUGGACUCUAAACGAGUUCCUAAGGAGAAGUUGUGUUGUGUGACGCACUGCAGUAAACACAUUCUGACGGCAGUUCAGGGCAGUAAGAAAGCGGCGGCAUCGGCAGAUGAUUUCCUGCCCACUCUGGUUUAUAUCAUCCUGAAGGCCAAUCCGCCGCGCUUACACUCCAACAUUCAGUACAUCACACGCUUCUGCAACCCCAACCGCCUCAUGAGCGGAGAGGACGGAUAUUACUUCACUAACCUGUGUUGUGCUGUGGCCUUCAUCGAGAAGCUGGACGCGCAGUCUCUGAAUCUCAGUCCAGAAGACUUUGAGCGCUACAUGUCUGGUGCGGGGUCACCUGAGACAGCGUUGGGCCCCGGGGCCACUUCUUCCACCCACUCCUCACAGAAUUGUUCAUCUGUCCCUCAGAGGUCAGGACGAGAGCGAGCGCUGGAGUCUGACCUCAUCGAGUGGAGAGACGGUCAUGAACACUCUGUGUUGGGUCUUCUGGACAGAGCAGCUGCUCACACAAACACCUCCAGCAGCUUCUCCAUUGACUCAGAGAACAUUGGUGGAGAUCAGCUGCCUCCUCCACUACAGCCACAGAAGUUCACCGGAUAGAUCUCGUCUUCACUCAACAAUUCUGCUUUCUGCAGGUGAUUCUGGGUCAUGAUGCUCUCAAUUCAAACAAGGUUUUUUUUUUAUCUAUAGAGCUGCAACAAUGACUAAAGUAUUUGAAUCUGAAAUUUGUGCCAUCUUGUGCCGCACAGGUCUGUUUGGUCACCGCCUCUGACCUAGUUUCUUUACAAUCUGAAUUUCUGAGAUCUGAAUGUGAGAGACUUGUAUUUUGAGUUCUGAAUUUCUUCUUAAACUGUAAUUAUAUAAAAUGAAUUUUUACAGCUCAUUCCACCUCUAAAAGAAAACAAAAACUGCUCUUUAAUAAAACAAAUUGAUAAAACGCACUUUAAAAAAUCUUUCGUUUUGUUAAAUGUCAUAUGUAAUGUUCAAAUGAACGCAUUUCAGAUGAGAUAAGUCAUUGUUGUAGUUUCAUAUUAAUGGUCAUCACCUCUCGGUCUAACUUAGACAACUUAUCCGCCUGUUUUUAAUGAAGUUUGUAAUAAAGGUGUGUCAGGAGAUCGUUCAUGUGAUCAGAAAGAAUAUAAGGGUGAAUCUCACAAAACCUGUCAAGAAUAUAUCUAGCUCAUAUUUUACCUUAAAAUCAAAAGAAGGAAAGAAAAUUAAGCCUGUUUUUAGGACCAUUAAGAUAAAGUUGUAACAUAUUAACACAUUUUCCAAAUUCCAUUACUCUAAUAAAUUUGUAUAAAUAUACAGUACUGUGCAAAAGUUUUAGGUACAUAAGAAGUUUCACAAAAACAUUUGUCUUAAGAUGGUUAUUUAUAUCUUCAGCUUUAGUGUGUCGAUAGGAAAUAUAAAUGUUAGACUCCCAAACAUUACUUUUGCAAAUAGAAAAGAUUAGAAUAGAAGAACAGGGAGCCCUGCAACAGAUGUCAUUGCCCCCACAGACCCCCUACUGAACAUCGUGUCAGUCUGAGAUUACAUAAAGAGACAGAAGCAAUUGAGACACUAAAUAGAUAGAAGAACAGGGAGCCCUGCAACAGAUGUCACGGCCCCCACAGACCCCCCACUGAACAUCGUGUCAGUCUGAGAUUACAUAAAGAGACAGAAGCAAUUGAGACAGACUAAAUAGAUAGAAGAACUGUGGUGAAUUCUCCAAGAAUCUUAGAACAUCCUAUCUGCCAACAACCUAGAAAAACUGUGUCCAGGUGUACCUAGGAGAAUUGGGGCUGUUUUAAAGGCAAAGGUGGCCACACCAAAUAUUGAUUUAGCUUUUUUAUGUUUACUGGACUUUGAAUGACAUUAAGUGAUAAAUGAAAACUAUUUAUGGCAUUAUUUUUGAAGACAUCCUCACUAUGCAACAUUUUUCACAAGUGCCUAAAACUUUUGCACAGUACUGUAUAUGUAAAAUAUCUGGACACAUUACAGUAAUAAGACUUUGGGUGGGAAAUACUGUAUGUUUGUCAUGAAAAUAAUGUCACAAAACAAAACAUUGAAAUUAUCCUAAAUAUAGGCUUAAGUUUCUUUUAAAAAUAGUAUAAUUUCUUAUUUUUUCUUUGGAAUUUGGGGUGAAAUAUGACCUAGACAUGUUUUCGUGAGAUUCGUCCAUUUUAUAUAGUCUAUUUCUCUUGAUUUUCUGUUUCUAAUUUAUUUUUGUAACUGGACAAUAAGAGUGUGCUACAUGCUGGUUAUUGCUGGUUAUCAUAAAUAUCAUUUUUCUUUUGCAUUUUGUGUUUUCUGCUUUAAGCAAGUCGCUGGAAUACAUAAUUUAUUGGAACAUAUAAAUUAUUAAGAGUAUAUAUGGGAGUUGCAUCUCCCAUGAGUCAAUAAUAGUGUACUGACAUUAAUGGUAAUUUGAAUUGAAAACAUGGAUGUUGAAUACAGAUAACUGAUGUGGCAGUGUAGUUUUAUUUUGGUUAUUGUUAAAGCAUUUAUGAAAGCAUGCGGACAUGAAGUGUAAUGAAACAGUCCCUGCUGUGCUUUAACAGAUAACUGUUUAAUAGCAAGUGUAUUUAAUGAAGAAGAAGUCUAAAAUAUUUAUUUAGUGUUUAACUUACAAAAAAUACUGUUACAGUGUGAAAUGAUUCAGUUUUAAUAAAAAGUAAAGAGUUAUUUAUUUUAAACAUGCUUUUUUCUUUUUCUUGUAUGCAAAAUCUUACAACUAUUACUUUUGCAUUAAAGUUACAAUUUUGUUGUUGUAUGUAAAUUUCGUCAUGGGCCGUUUGUGACUGUCAUUUAGUUAUCCAAGUAAUCCUGGUAUGAAGCCAUAAAUGCAAUUUAAAAAAUGAGAAAUAAAAUAAUCGUAUGAAAGAAUAGAAAUUCUUUAUUAAUUCUCUAAAAACAUUUGCAAAUAUGAUCUCUCCUUUUUACUUUGAAUGCAUUGUUCUUUUAUCAGUCUUUUUCCAUUCAUAUCA